AUGUCGGAAGUAAAGCAAUCAGCCUAUGGACAAUUGGGGCUCUUCGCUACCAAAGCAUUCAAAGCUGGAGAUGAAAUACUCGCAGAGUCGCCUGCAGUCGUUUUGGCCUCAACAGCGGCAGGAAAACAACAGAAAACCGAGGCAUCCAUCAAGAAGUCUUUGGAAUCCAUCGAUGUUGACCUUCACGGAACAUUUCGUUCCAUGAUUACCGCCGGGACGAGUUGGAUUGAAAAUUCGAAAAAUGAAAAGACAGCGAUUCUUGACUUGUACUCUCCUACUGCAGAAUCGUCAUCCAAAAUCGAGGAUAGAAUACGAACUGUCGCUAAAGAAGCUCUCCAAUUUCUACAGAAGAGCACAGACAGCACGGUGGAUUGGGACAAAGUUGAAAAGGCCAUGCUUGUUUGGGCUUGCAAUUCAUUCCAGGGUGGUCGGAUUUAUCUCAAGAUAUCAAGGGCGAAUCAUUCGUGUGAUCCAAACUCUAUCAUUCAAGCUAAAGGAGAAGGUCAAAAGAUGCUGGCAGCAACAGACAUUGCCGUGGGGGACGAGAUAACUAUCUCAUAUUUGGGGUCCAUGCUGUAUACGGAAACUGGAGUAAGGAGAGAAAAGUUGAAACGAACAAAAUUCUUUCACUGCGAGUGCACACGUUGCGUGGGAGAGGAUGUCGCUGCCAGAGUCCCUUGUCCUUCGGAACAUCCACGACAAGCUCAACAAUCACUGAAUGAGGAUGAACAGUACGACGAUGAUCAGACUGUGAAGUAUAUCUGUGCUUCCAGUGAAAGUUCGGCUCUGGAAAAAUUUGAGAAAUUGAAAAAAUCCAUGUCGGUAGUUACGUCAAGAGUGUUAGCUCUCCUGGAAGAACAAGAGUCGGCCAAAGACAAGAAACCUAAUGACGAUUCCGAUGAUGAGGAAAUUUUGGAAGAGCAUUUGAGUCUGGCAAGAGCUGUCAUGGGAGACAAACAUUGGACCACCAAUCUUCUCCUUUUGCUUCUUUUGCAUCGUCGUCUUUCUCAGAUGUCGUCGACCAUGUUGACCACCCAACAAAUACCAGAAAUGGAAGAUGUCGCCGAAACUAUUGACAACUUACAACGGCUCCAUCGUUAUGUCGAAUCCUUAAGGUUGAAGCUGCAUCCUGGGCAUAUUCUAGGUGAUGUGAUUAUCGGGACAGCACGAACCUUGGUAUCUCUUGGCGACAUGAAGAGUCAAAAGUUUGGUGCAGAGUGGCUUGAGAAGAUCUCUGAUUAUGUGGACAAAUUCGAAUCUGAAGGCCGACAAAAGGUGGUCAAUGUCUUGAGUGUUGCGUGGAAGAAGCAUGAUCGAGAUAGUUCAGACGAUGGCAAGAAAGCGAAAAAGCUCAAGUCUUAG